AUGAGGGUCUUCUACACGUUUAACUUGGAAUAUUCUAUUUUAGACCUUACUACGGUGAAUUUGGAACAGUAUCAUGCAAUCAAAAGUUGCAGAUGUGGACAAAUAUCAAUAAACGAAAAGAAGGACCGCCAUGAAGAGACCUUUUUCCGGAAGCUGAGUUCCUGGCGAUGGCGUGUUGCAUAUUUGGCUUUGUUUGGAAUGAUCACGCAAAUUAUGCACCGGAACUGCAUCAGCUUUGCGUUGGUGUGUAUGUGUAAAGGAGCAAAGGCCAACACAACCGUUCCACAUUCACACUCAGAGAAUGAGCGAUUAAGUAUUUACAGUAUGUCAAAUAAUAUACUUUGGGACAGUACAACUCAGAGUCUAAUCCUGUCAGCCUAUUUCUACGGACAACUUGUUUCUCCUUUCAUUUCCGGUCAGGUGUCACUGCGAUUCGGAAUUAAAUGGCCAAUGGCAAUAUAUAUGCUGCUGUCUACUGUUUUACUUGUAUUGACACCGAGCAUUGCCAGAACAAGCUCUCAUUUGCUCAUUGGAAUUCGAGCUGUACAAGGGUUUCUAGGGUCUGGAUGCCUGCCUAUGUUUUCUCAGCUCUGGGAUGAGUGGUCACCAAAGUCUGAGCGCAGUGAGCUUCUAGCCUUCACAUUCUCAGGAUUGGAUCUUGGAGUAGUUAUUGCCUUUGCCAGCUCUGGGUACCUUUGUACUAUUCCUGUAGAUGGCGGAUGGCCAUUUAUUUUCUACACAUAUGGGGGUGUGACCGUUAUAUGGUUAGUCGUAUGGCUAAUAUUUGUUACUGACUCCCCCACCUCUCACCGAUGGAUCAGUGCACAAGAAACUACAUACAUAAUAGGAGACAGACACGAUAAUUUUAAAGAAAAGUGCAGAUAUGAGCACACGAAAAUACAAGCCCCAUGGCUACUUAUCCUGAAGUCAGGGCCUGUUUGGGCAAUGAUUACUGCAAUGCUCACUGUUGCCUAUGGAAUGACAGCUGUAUUUUCAUAUCUUCCAAAAUAUAUGAAUGAUGUCUACAAAUUAAACACUGGUGAUAAUGGUAAGAUGUCUGCCCUUCCUUUCCUUGGACGGAGCCUAUCCAUUAUUUCAAUUGGUCUCAUAGCCGAUAAAAUACUACAAUGGAAUCGAAUAUCAGUGACCAAUCUGCGGAAGAUCAUCCAAUGUCUUUCAUCCUUUAUAGGAGCAAUAUUCAUUUUCUUCAUAAAGUACGUAAACCAAAGCGAUAUGGCCAUUCUUCUGUUAACCAUCUCUUCCAUGGCUCUUGGCGGUACCAUGUCUGGUUCCUAUACUAACGCUUUAGAGUUAGCACCCAGAUUUGCCUCAUCGCUGUCUGGACUGGCCUUUACUAUAAACGCUUUAGGACAGAUCACCGCGCCUAUGAUAACAUCUUUUAUGAUAAAGGAAGAUUCUGACGAUAGCUGGCGGAAUGUUUUUCUGUCCCUGGCUUGUGUCUACUGUUUUGGGGGCAUCAUUUACGGACUCUUCGGUAGCAGCGAUGAACUACCUUGGUAUACUCGAAUGGAAGAGGAGUGUGAAUUUAAAAAGAUUCCUAGUAUCUCUUCAACUGUUGCAGGCACAGAAUAUAUGGGAAAAGCACAGAUUACUGAAGCCGUUUUUACGAAAGACAAGAUGAAACAAAACAAAGAAUAUAGAAUUAGUAAUGAUGUAUAA